UGGAGCACUUCGUAGCAGGGCGGUUGUCAUAGCAGGGCGGAGAGUGGAAAAGCAGGGUGAGAUAUUUGAAAAUGGAGCAGGAAAGUAAUUUAACUGUCGGGAGCUAUGCCGCUUCUUUGCCACAGACGACGGUGGAGGCGGCCUUUGUGGAUUGUGGCACAACAGAGAGUAGUUCUUUGGACCUAUUCGCUGAGGUGGAGUCGACAGCCGCUGGAUGGAUGCUGAAUUUUGCCUGCCGCUGCCUGUGCCGCCAUUUUUGCGAGGGCAACCGCAUCGACUUCGAGAGGAGCAGAGACCUGGCCCUAACUAUUAUUAAAGGGUUCCACAAAAUAGAAACUCAUCAAAAGGAAACGGUGUGCCUCUGUCAGUUGUUGACAUAUAUUGCAGAAGGAAAAAUAUUUGAUUCUGAUUUUGGAGAUGACCAAAGACUUUCACCACUGGAAAAUGCUUUGUCGGUUUGGACUUCAUUCCUAAAAACACAAAGAAAACAAGAUAAAUUGCAUGAAGAUAUCAAGUGCUUAAUUCAGAUUCAGGCUGUUGCUGUAUUUGUAGAAAAAGGAUAUUUUCAGGAGGCUGCAGAAGUGAUAGAAAGACUUUUUCCAGAAUCUUCAUCCAAUGAGCCUUUAAGAAUGAAGCUUUCUGCAAUAGUAAAACAAAAAGAUCCAUAUCAUCCAUUUCUUCGAUUUUUCAGUUUCAAUCUUUUGACUGAGAGAAUUAAAACUUAUAUCAAUAUUUUCUUGAAAAAAGAAACUAACAAUUUUUUAAUGCAGGAAGCUACAAAAGAGGUGAAAACAAAAAAUUUGGGAAUAAUGGUAAACAUACAAUGCGACAGUACAGUUGAAAUAAACAAAGAAAAUCACUUGGAAAACACACCAAGCACCCUUCUAAAAUUACAUAAACAUUCCUGUUCCUUACCUGAUCAGUCAUUUUGGAAACCAAGGCAAAUACGGACUUCUGUGUCCAAAAAUAUAAAACGAAAAGCCUUUCAAUGUAAAAAAAAUCUGCAAAAUACUACAAAUGCUGUACAAGAUGAGUUUCUGCCAGCUUGUCAGAAGAAAAAGAAGACUGCCUGUCUGUAAGCAUGGUCUGAUACAUACAAGAUCCAACAAGAUAAAAGUGUUAUUUCCAAUCCAGCCUGGCCAUGCAGAAUGGUCAAACCUAAUGUAAUAGGUAAAAGUGCGGUAGUGUUCAUAUUUACAUAUUUAUUUACUUCUUUACAUCCAAGUGUUUCUUAAUAUAAAUUCUGGGGGAGGUUUACAGUAAAAAAAAAUAGGCUAAUAUACAAGUAGGACAUGAAAAUAAAACCUAAAACAAUGGUGAAACUUAAUAAGGGACACCAAAUACAAUGGCGGAAGUCAACCUUCCUCAAUUGUUCCAAAUGUCUGGAAAUUAAAUUUGUAUAAUAGGCAGCUAAUAUGUCUGAAGACUGCUGGCUUGGCUUAUUGGAAUUAAAAUCCAACAUAUCUAAAGUUACUCCACAAAUGAUUUACAACAUGCUAAACCAGCGGUUCUCAACCUAUGGGUCGCGACCCCAUUUGAGGUCGAACGACCAUUUUACGGGGGUCGCCAAACAACGCGAUCCGCCAUUUUUUCCCCUCAGGGGGCGGCGCCGUGCAUGCGCACCGUGCAUGGGGGCGCCGCCGCGCAUGGGGGCGCAUCCAUGUGACGGGGGUCGCCGUCACACAAAGGUUGAGAACCGCUGUGCUAAACAUUUAAGAUUGAAACUAUGAUCUUUGCAUGCCCAAAAGGUUAUCUUAACUAUCACACAAAAGCCAAGCUAGGUACUAUAUUUCUGGCCAAUUAUCAGUGAAGAAGCCAAGAUGCCUUGUCUCAUUUGGCACUUCUAUUACAACUGCUUAUCAAAAGGAAAAGCAAGGAAUGUAUAAUUCUCAUAUAUUCAGACCCACACAAUACAAACAUUUGUCAGUAGUUUCAGCCCCUCUGAUUUUAGAAACUGGUUGUUUCUGGCUUCUUUUUAUCAGCUUUCUAUUUCAACUGUCCCAAGUUCUUUGGUGUUAAUAUGAUAUUCUAAGGAAAUUGAACUUGCUAAGUAAAGGGUAUAUAUACAUAGAAAAGAGAACUCUAUUCAGAAAAAAUGUUAAUGUUUCCAUUUUAUAAUUGAAACCUAAAUGCAUAUAGGCAGUGAUCUUUGUAGACUUCUUAUUGUCUGCUCCUUUCAAAUAAUUUCUAUAUUGGAGUCUGUAUUUUGAUACAGUAUAACAGGUUUGCAGCUCAAAUUGUAAUUUUAAAAAAAUCAUAUGACAAUCACUAAAUAUUGAAGAUAAGAUUUAUGAUAAAUACAGAAAGCAAGAAAUUGCUACAGCUUAAGAAAAUAUUGCUAUAAUCUGCAAGUGACUGUUUUAUGAAUGUGAACAGAGAUGUGUGUCUAUGUGUUUAGAAGUUUUUAUAAAAGCAAUUUCUACUAUUGCCCUGUAAUUCUCACAUCUGAAAUAAUCAUUUGCUUUUCAUCAAGCUUUUCAUAUCUUUAAAAUGGUAAUAGAAGAAAUAGUUCUUAAAACGCUGAUCUUUUGUAAAAUGCAAAUGCUAUGGACUUUAAUUGUGGUUUCAAGAAUGAGAGUUAAUAGAAUGUUCUUUCAGCAAUUGCUGGUUAAGCUAAUAACAAAACUGCUUGAAAAAAUAUCUAUUAUAUUUUAUUUUAA